AUGGCAGACAUUGCAAACGUGAUCCAGAAACCACCAAAAAAGAAUUCGAAGAAAAAACCGCCCAUCAAGGCCACCAAAUCAGAACAAAACAACAAUGAAAAUCGUACGCGAUCAAAUAUAGACAACAAAGAAGACAUGUUAGCAAACUAUCAACCAUGGGUCAUCCAAACAUACGGAGAUCUGGCUAAAACAAAAACUAUAACUCUCAAAAAAUACGCUCGUAUCUUACGUACUUUACGGGGCGAGGAAAUCGUAAGUGCCGAUAACAGUAAGUUUCGAUUUUGGGUGAAAGCCAAAGGGUUUUGUGUGGGACAGCCCGUGGGGUACGAUCCCAAGCCGGCGGACGGGAUCGUGGGAAGAUUCAGUGUUUGUGAUAUGGACGAUGGGAUCCCUCCUACGAACGAGAAGUUGGCCGGCAGCGCCAAAGAUCCACCGCUGUACGUCCCGAAUGCUCCUUUUAAGAUGCGGUAG